AUAACACUUUCAUUCCGGCUACUAGCACGCAAAGCAACGGUCAUAGCAGACUAUCUUCGUUUACAAUCGAAUCUGAACAGCAUCGAAUAUUGUUGGAUUCAAAAAAUUUCUGAAAUUCCUCAAAAACACCGUUUAAAUGGCUUAUCAUAAUUACCAAGGACCGGGAGGGGCUCCACCGACUGCAACCCGUGAUUUUCUGUGGCAGGUGUUCCAAAGGGUUGACAAGGAUCGAAGUGGAGCAAUAUCAGCACAAGAACUACAGUCAGCAUUAUCCAAUGGAACAUGGGCUCCAUUUAAUGCAGAAACUGUUAGGCUUAUGAUUGGCAUGUUUGAUCGACAACAAAGAGGAACUAUUAACUUUGAAGAUUUUGGAGCAAUCUGGAAAUAUGUCACUGAUUGGCAGACUUGCUUUCGUUCAUUUGAUAGAGACAACUCUGGAAAUAUUGAUGGAAAUGAACUGAAAACAGCACUGACAAGCUUUGGCUAUCGUUUGCAAGAUGGUACACAUCAUAUGCUACUCCGGAAAUUCGACCGUAUGGGCAAAGGAACUAUCUAUUUUGAUGAUUUCAUCCAAUGCUGCAUUGUACUACAUAAUCUAACUUCGGCAUUUCGUCAGUUUGACACCGACCAAGACGGAAUUAUCACUAUUGGGUAUGAGCAUUUCAUUCAAAUGGUCCUCAACACCCGCGUUUAAUUGCAUUUUGACAUUGGCUUCCAAAAGAAAAGAAUUUGCCUACUUUGGUUUUCUUUCCGCUUUCGCAAAUGUCUUUGAUGACAAUUGUCUACUAUGGAUCCCUUCUUUAAAAAUCCACAUGUGAAUACACUACAUAACGCAAAACA